AUGUUGUCGUUAAGCUGCACGGCAAUAGAACUUAUGACGGAAGCACUGAAUGUGGUUCGAGAGAGUCCACCUCAAUUUCUCUAUUGCUCCGCUGAGACGGUGUUAGAAAAGGCAUUCCUUGCCGCUGUAAAAGAAAACAGUGCUCUACAUCAAGCUGUGUCGGCAAUUGUGGUCGACGAAUCACACACAGAGGAAGCUUGGACAGGACAAAGGUGAGAUUCUUCCAAUUCAUCGUAGUUUACGUCCUUGUGGGUGUCAUGUUUAGAAUAUAGUUCGUGGUCUCUCAUAACCUUAUAUUUUGUCAAUCUUUUCAUUAUUUGGCUAGAAAAAAGCAAAGCAAAGGUGCGAAACCUGUUCAAGUGUUCCGUGCAGCAUAUGGAAAGUUAGCUAUUCUUCGGUCAAUGCGUAAAGACGGUAAGAAAAUAAUUUAAGUUACAUGGUGUCAUUCGUAUUUUUAACACUACGUCAAACAAUCAGAAACAAUACAGCAGAUAUGCAAAAAAACUGUUAUGAAAACCUCCACAACCUAAUCUUCAUGUUAGCCAGUAUUUUAUGAACCUGCUCUAUAAUUUUACCCUCAAUCGGUCCUAUUUUUAGUUUCUGGUAUCCAAUGGUUAAAGCUUGGCCUUGUGUAAUGGUAAUUCAUUCACAUGCAUUACUGCCAAGACAGAAAAAGAAUAAUACAGUGUAUGAUAUAAAUGCUGCUGCUUUUAAGGGCUUUAGAAGGGCAAUAAUUUAAGUGUAAGAAAGUUGUAGACUUAUUCGUGCCCUCAUUUCAUGUACAACAACCAACUGCUAAUUUAAAUGAUGAAAUUGCAAUAGAAAACCUACUGGAUAAUUUGACUAAUUUCAUAUGUACCCCGAAAACGUUAAGCUUCUCGAACUCGCCACAAGACUUCAGUACUUUGUCCUGUAGAUAGGAUUGUAGUAUAUUAAUUAUUAUUCUGUUUUAUUGAAGGAAUUCCCUUAUUGGCUCUCACUGGGACUGCAGAUAGGGAAACUGAGAAGACAGUUAUCAAAGAGCUUGCCACGAAGGAUCCUGUCAAGUUGUUUGUCAGGCCAAACAGAUGCAAAAUAUCUGCGACUAUCUAUCAACAAAGUUGGAAGAACUGA